AAGGGUGAAAAGCCAGACCAGGACAAAUUUGCCCCAGUUUUGAUUGUGUGAUAAUGACUGCGUCAAUGAAAAAGAAAUCGAGCUUAGAAUCAGUAAUACAGCUUAAAAGUAAAACAUGAAAGUAGCCAGGUUUCCUUUCAGCCAUUUACUUGUAGACAUAUUAUAGUAACUGUUCUUUAGUAUAACAUAGCAUUUGACUCUGUUUCAACGUUCAGCGCAGGAGGCAGAUCGGUUGGGUAUUGGCAUGGAAACGUCGCUCUUGUUUACAAUUGACCCUAAAGUUGCAUUUCCCCGGCGAGCACAGCCUAAGAUGGUCACAAGAACAAAGAAAAUAUUUGUAGGUGGAUUAUCGGCUAAUACAGUAGUGGAAGACGUAAAGCAAUACUUUGAACAAUUUGGCAAGGUAGAGGAUGCCAUGCUUAUGUUUGACAAGACUACCAACAGGCAUAGAGGACCUGCUCGUGAACGGAAACAAGCACACACACCUGAAAUGCACAGUUCACACUCCGGUUGUAGACAGGGAUUUGGCUUCGUAACUUUUGAAAAUGAAGACGUGGUGGAAAAAGUCUGUGAAAUUCAUUUCCACGAAAUCAAUAAUAAAAUGGUAGAAUGUAAGAAAGCACAACCUAAAGAAGUGAUGUUUCCACCAGGGACGAGAGGAAGGGCACGUGGAUUACCCUAUACCAUGGACGCUUUUAUGCUAGGGAUGGGAAUGUUGGGUUACCCAAAUUUUGUUGCAACGUAUGGCCGAGGAUAUCCUGGAUUUGCCCCAAGUUACAGCUAUCAAUUCCCAGGCUCCACCCCAGCGCGGCCAGGAGGAUUCCCCGGGGCCAACAGCCCGGGGCCCGUCGCGGACCUCUACGGCACGGCCAGCCCGGACUCCGGG